CCCGGUGCCGCCACCGCCCCGCUGCCCCCGCCGGCCGCGCCGUGACGCGGGUAUGAGCCUGGCCCGCCGCCCGCCGAGCAAGCGCCCCGGGCUCGGGCCGUGGCGCCCAGGAAGCAGCACCCAGAGGAGCUACUGAAGAGUUCCAGGGGCCGGGAUGAGGGCCUGAGUGGGCUUGACUCUCAGCCUCCCUCCUGGGGCUGGAGAGAACCAGCAGGCGCCGGGCAGAGGAGCUGCUAGAACAAUGCUGAGGCGGGCGAGGUGAGGAGCGGCCCUCGCGGCCCCCCCGACGACGGAGUGUCUCGAACAGGUGAUAGGAGGAUCCGGAAACCGAGGCCACCUGGGCAUCCCUCCCCGCUCUCAGCCAGGCCCGGCACCCCAAAGGCAGUGGGGAAACCAUGGCGACCAAUUUCAACGACAUCGUCAAGCAAGGCUACGUGAAGAUGAAGAGCAGGAAGCUUGGGAUUUAUCGGAGGUGCUGGCUGGUGUUCCGGAAAUCCUCCAGCAAAGGGCCCCAGCGGCUGGAGAAGUACCCAGAUGAGAAGUCAGUGUGCCUCCGAGGCUGCCCCAAGGUAACUGAGAUCAGCAACGUCAAAUGUGUCACGCGGCUCCCCAAGGAGACCAAGAGGCAGGCGGUGGCCAUCAUAUUCACCGACGACUCAGCACGUACCUUCACCUGCGACUCAGAGCUGGAGGCGGAGGAGUGGUACAAGACACUGUCUGUGGAGUGUCUGGGGUCACGACUCAAUGACAUCAGUCUGGGAGAGCCGGACCUCCUGGCCCCAGGAGUGCAGUGUGAGCAGACAGACCGCUUCAAUGUCUUCCUGUUGCCCUGCCCCAACCUGGAUGUGUAUGGCGAGUGCAAGCUGCAGAUCACCCACGAGAACAUCUACCUCUGGGACAUACACAACCCCCGCGUGAAGCUCGUCUCGUGGCCCCUCUGCUCGCUGCGUCGCUAUGGCCGGGAUGCCACACGCUUUACCUUCGAGGCUGGCCGGAUGUGUGAUGCCGGGGAAGGGCUCUACACCUUCCAGACACAGGAAGGGGAACAGAUCUACCAGCGGGUCCACAGUGCCACCUUGGCCAUCGCUGAGCAACACAAGCGCGUCCUGCUGGAGAUGGAGAAGAACGUGAGGCUGCUGAACAAGGGCACGGAACAUUACUCAUACCCCUGCACGCCCACCACUAUGCUGCCCCGCAGUGCCUACUGGCACCACAUCACAGGUUCCCAGAAUAUUGCCGAGGCGUCCAGCUGUGCCGGUGAGUCCCAGCGGCGCCCCACACUCACCUGCCACAAGGUUCUGUGGAGGACCGGGCCUUCUGGGCGGGGGUCCUUUGACCUGCGUCCAAGUCCUGAGCCCGCCUCCGUGUCCACAGGUGAGGGGUACGGGGCAGCCCAGGCCAGCUCAGAAACAGACCUCCUCAACCGAUUCAUCCUGCUAAAGCCAAAGCCCGGCCAGGGGGACGGCAGCGAGGCCAAGACCCCAGCCCAGUGACGGCAGGGCCGGCGCGCGCCAAGGACCGCCGGGGCUGCCUCUUGCUGGGCCGACUGCAGCGUGUUGUGGACGCCCUCGAGGGGCUGCUGGCCAAGAGCCUGGAGAAGCGGAGCAAGCUAUCCCUUCCUUGCCCCCAGGGUGAGGCUGGACCAAGGCAAAGGGCUGGCCACACUGCCAGAGCAUGUGCGGGGCUGGAGCUACCGUGGGACUAUAUACUGUUAAUGAUUUUAAUAUAUAUGGCUUAUGACAUAUUCUAUACUCCUGAGAUUUCCCCCAUCCCUCCCCGAUACCACAUACAGUUUUUAAUCCCACGACCGGGUCACAGUCAAGGCUGUUUUUGAACGUUGAGGGCAGCUGUUCCCUGUCCUCCGUGGCACAGCCCUCCUGCUGCCAGGACUUGCUUGAGUGGCCAGGGCCAGAGGAGGGAGACAGAGCUCCAGGCUGGCGCUGGGACUGCUGGCUUUCCCCAAGCAGCCCAGGGGCUGAGACAGCAGGUGGCUUCUCAGUUCCUCUGGGCCUAGAGGGGCACAGGAAGGAGUUGAGCUUCCACUGUGCCUCUUGGCAGCCUUGCACUUGGGAGUUUUAAGCAGAGGUGACAUCUGGUUGACACCUCAGGUGAAAAUCUGGUUUUAAAAUGUAAUGUUUGCCCAGGCUCCUUCCUGCUUAGUAGGCUGAGAAGAUCCCCCAGGGGUGGGGGUGCAGGUCACCUCAGCGAGGAGGAGGAGGGCCGGUUUGAGCUCUUCCCCGCCCCGGGGCCAGGCUGCGGGGAGCACCCCUCCCGCACCCUCACUGAGCUGGGGGUAGGUGAUGUCCCAGCAGAGGGAGCCCCUCUGCCGUUUGGCCACCCUAUGGCCGGCCAAAAGCACUCGGAAACCGAGCCCUUCCCAUCUCCUCUUCCCCACAUGGUGCUGAGGCUCCCUGCUGAAAUGCAAUUAAAGCAAUUGAUUUUCUAGUGCUGGUAUUUAUUGACUACCUUGCAGAAGGGCUAUCUUUCUAUUCCCAUCAAACCCUCGGUUGCGUGUGUGGGUUGUUUUUUUUUUUUUUUAAAUACUUUAGGGUUCUGAUUUGUGGAACAGAUCCUGUUGUAAAUAACCACUAUUCAAGCUGUGGCAGAAUGAUACAGCAAGAGGCCCCUCCAGGAGCGCCCUGGAGCCAGAGAGGGGCCACAGCCAGCUCGGCACCAAAGCCCUUGGAGAGGGAGGUAGGGCCGGCUGGCUCAAGUUAGUGGCACGAUGACGCAUGAAGGAGAUUAUGUUGUGCUCUUUAUUGCCAAGAAUAAAAACUUUUAAAAAGACAA